CACUUCUCUGCAAAUAUUUCGUUCUUCAUCAAGGGGUAUCCUAUAUAUAUUUACACACUGGGAGUGGUUCCGUGCUGAAACCCUAGCCGCGACGGAUCGAGUUUCUCCUCCCAUUAGGGUUUGCGAAUUAUCUUUCUUGAUCAAUAAUGGCGGACGUCGACACGGAGAUGGCAGCAGGACUGCCGAAGAAGAGGACGUUCAAGAAGUUCAGCUUCAGAGGGGUGGAUUUGGAUGCCCUCCUCGAUAUGUCCACAGAUGAGCUCGUCAAGCUUUUCCACGCCCGAGCUCGGAGAAGGUUCCAAAGAGGUCUGAAGAGGAAGCCUAUGGCCUUGAUCAAGAAGCUCCGCAAAGCUAAACGCGAGGCCCCACCGGGUGAGAAGCCAGAUAUUGUGAAAACCCACUUGCGGAAUAUGAUCAUCGUGCCAGAGAUGAUUGGAAGUGUUAUUGGUGUGUACAACGGGAAAGCCUUCACUACAGUUGAGAUCAAGCCGGAAAUGAUCGGCCAUUAUCUGGCUGAAUUCUCGAUCUCAUACAAGCCAGUCAAGCAUGGAAGACCUGGUAUUGGUGCCACCCACUCCUCUAGGUUCAUUCCUCUCAAGUGAGAGGCAUCACCCACCCUGCAGUCUAGACAUAAAUGCCCAUUUAGUAUUCAAAUGUUUUCUUGGACACUCUUUGCUUGAUGAUCCGUGUUUUGCUUUUUUAACUGGAUAAUUUUUUUUUCCCCCCAUAUUAAGGGUUUGAAUGUUAAAACGACUUUUAGUUCAAAGCUUGUUGCUAUGUUUUGACUCAUGGUUAAUAUUAUUAUUUGUUACAUAAAAGAGGGGAUUGUUGCUACA